CGGGGCGAAUAGUAAUCCCGCAUAUUUGUUUCCUUUUCAUCUCUAUAGCCCAUUUUAAAAACCCACUCUGUGGCCAAUAAUCUGUCCCAUAACCCAAAUCUCUAUUUUCAUUUUCUUUUUUGGAAAUAAUUUCUAUUUUCAUUUUAGUAACGAAAAAUUCGCUGCAUCUUUUCUCUCGCACCGCCAUUCCUCCUCCGGCAACCGCCAUUUCUCAGAUCUCCGACACGGCGUCCAUUUCCCUCACCGUCAUCCGCAACCUCUGUUCCCUAAUUCAUCACUGAAGUAUAAACUCGAAGUUCUGGAUCCAUAUAAGAAGAGUAGAGCUAUUGCGUCUCCACUAUGAGGAGAGCUGGACUUCACAGACAGCAUGGAAGAAAUAUCGGAGGAUCAGGAUUCAAGGGAAUGGUUGCGAAGUUAUCAAUUGCUGCUGUGGUACUCUUGAUCUGUACGCUCUCGUUGUUCUUCUCUUCACCAGUAAAACCAAAUGUUCAAUCCAAUUUUCGCUCAGAGAUCCGUUUAGAAGAACUUUGGAGCAAUGCUGAUUCCGAUGGUUGGCGACCGUCAUCUACUCCACGCACUCAUUGGCCCCCUCCUCCGAGUAAGAGUAAUGGCUAUUUGCGUGUUCGAUGUAAUGGUGGACUAAAUCAGCAGCGGACUGCGAUCUCUAAUGCUGUUCUUGCUGCGCGUAUCAUGAAUGCUACACUAGUGCUGCCUGAAUUGGAUGCAAACUCCUUUUGGCAUGAUGAAAGUGGUUUCCACGGUAUCUAUGAUGUUGAGCACUUCAUUCGGACACUGAGGUUUGAUGUAAAGAUUGUAGAAAGCAUUCCGGAAAACGAGAAAAAUGGCAAAAAGAAGAAAAUAAAGGCAUUUCAGCUCCGCCCUCCUAGAGAUGCUCCUGUCAGUUGGUAUACUACCGAUGCUCUCAAGAAAAUGAAGGAACAUGGUGCUAUCUAUCUUACUCCCUUUUCACACCGCUUAGCUGAAGAAAUUGACAAUCCUGAGUACCAAAGGUUGAGGUGUAGGGUUAACUAUCACGCUUUAAGAUUCAAGCCGAAUAUUAUGAAGUUAAGUGAAUCAAUAGUUGAAAAGCUACGUGCACAAGGACCCUUCAUGUCCAUACAUCUUCGGUUUGAGAUGGAUAUGUUGUCAUUUGCUGGAUGCUUUGAUAUAUUUACACCUGAGGAGCAGAAGAUUCUGAAGAAGUAUCGAGAAGAAAAUUUUGCACCUAAAGAACUGGUCUAUAAUGUAAGAAGAGCCAUCGGAAAAUGCCCAUUGACUCCUGAGGAGGUUGGUCUUAUUUUGCGGGCAUUGGGUUUUGACAAUUCUACAAGGAUAUAUCUUGCAGCUGGUGAAUUGUUUGGUGGGGAUCGAUUUAUGAAUCCAUUUCGAAGUUUGUUCCCUAGACUUGAGAAUCAUUCUUCUGUUGAUCACUCCGAAGAGCUUGCUGAGAACACUAGGGGAUUGGCAGGUUCUGCUGUUGAUUACAUGGUCUGCCUUCUUUCUGACAUUUUCAUGCCAACCUAUGAUGGCCCAAGCAACUUUGCAAACAACCUCCUUGGACAUCGCCUUUAUUAUGGUUUCCGGACUACGAUCAGGCCUGAUAGAAAAGCUCUUGCCCCCAUCUUCAUUGAUAGGGAGAAUGGACGAAUGGCCGGUUUUGAUGAAGCUGUUAGGAAAGUCAUGCUUAAAACAAACUUUGGUGAACCUCAUCAGCGUGUUUCUCCUGAGUCUUUCUAUACUAAUUCUUGGCCUGAAUGCUUCUGCCAAACAUCACCGAAGAACCCAACAGAUAAAUGUCCACCUAAUGAUGUUUUAAAUGUUCUGCAUAACGAAUUGGAAAAGGCAGCUACAGACACAAAUUCUACAAAUGCUUACAUUCGUGUGCUUAAAAACCGAUCAAUGUCAAUGGCUUUCUGUCACAGACUCGACAACUUCAUCAUCUCUGCUUUUAAACCCCAAAAUUCAUAUACCCAUCUUUCAAUUCAAUCUUCUUUCAAUCUCCCAUCUCAUUCUUCCUUCAAAGUUCAAAACUUUCCUUUCAGGGUUCGCUAUAAUCCAUCUAUCAGAGCCACUUCAUCAUCCUCUUCUACUCCUACAACCAUUGCUGAACCUAAUGGCAUUAAGAUUAAUUCUAUUCCUACCAAACCUAUUGAAGGGCAAAAAACUGGUACAAGUGGGCUACGAAAAAAGGUGAAAGUGUUCAUGGAAGAAAAUUACCUUGCAAAUUGGAUUCAGGCACUGUUUAAUUCAUUGCCUCCGGAGGAUUACAAAAAUGGAGUCUUGGUGUUGGGAGGUGAUGGUCGAUACUUUAAUCGAGAAGCUGCACAGAUAAUAAUCAAAAUUGCUGCUGGAAACGGUGUCGGAAAAAUUCUGGUCGGAAAGGAAGGGAUAUUAUCAACACCAGCCGUUUCUGCUGUUAUAAGGAAGAGGCAGGCAAGCAAAACGAAAUCAUUUUUCUUUAGCAUAACAUUUCCAGCAAACUUGUUUUCUUCUAAUUUUAUUAAAUUUCAACAGGCAAAUGGUGGAUUUAUUAUGAGUGCGAGCCAUAAUCCUGGCGGACCUGAAUAUGACUGGGGUAUUAAGUUUAAUUACAGUAGUGGACAACCUGCACCAGAAUCCAUCACUGACAAGAUUUACGGAAACACCCUAUCUAUUUCUGAGAUAAAGAUUGCUGAUAUUCCCGACGUUGACUUGUCAAAUGUUGGAGUUACAAAAUUCGGAAGCUUCAGCGUAGAAGUAAUUGACCCAGUUUCUGAUUAUCUGGAGCUAUUGGAGACAGUAUUUGAUUUUCAGCUAAUCAAAGGUCUUAUUUCACGGCCAGAUUUUAGGUUUACAUUCGAUGCCAUGCAUGCAGUUGCUGGUGCUUAUGCAACACCCAUCUUUGUUGAUAAACUUGGUGCUAGUCCGGAUUCAAUUUCAAAUGGAAUACCUUUGGAAGAUUUUGGACAUGGUCAUCCCGAUCCUAAUCUAACAUAUGCGAAGGAUCUUGUUAACAUUAUGUAUGCUGAAAAUGGACCUGAUUUCGGAGCUGCUAGUGAUGGUGAUGGAGAUAGAAAUAUGAUUUUAGGAUCGAGUUUCUUCGUAACUCCUUCAGACUCUGUAGCAGUUAUUGCAGCCAAUGCAAAAGAAGCGAUUCCAUACUUCAAGGACAGUGUUAAGGGUCUUGCACGAUCAAUGCCAACAAGUGGUGCUCUAGAUAGAGUUGCUGAAAAGUUGAACCUCCCUUUCUUCGAGGUUCCCACUGGUUGGAAAUUUUUUGGGAAUCUUAUGGAUGCUGGGAAUCUGUCGAUUUGCGGUGAAGAGAGUUUUGGAACAGGUUCCGACCACAUUCGUGAGAAGGACGGAAUCUGGGCUGUAUUAGCUUGGCUUUCUAUUAUUGCUCACCGCAACAAAGACACGAAACCCGGGGAAAAAUUGGUAUCUGUAUCUGAUGUUGUGAAGGAGCACUGGGCAACCUACGGUAGAAAUUUCUUUUCUAGAUAUGACUACGAGGAAUGUGAAUCUGAAGGCGCCAAUAAGAUGGUAGAGUAUCUACGAGAGCGCUUGUCUAAGAGCAAGGCCGGUGAUAAGUACGGAAGUUACGUCCUCCAAUUUGCAGAUGAUUUUACAUACACUGAUCCUGUAGAUGGAAGUGUGGUAUCAAAACAAGGGGUUCGGUUUGUUUUUACGGAUGGUUCAAGGAUUAUUUAUCGUUUAUCAGGAACGGGUUCUGCUGGUGCAACUGUUAGAGUGUAUAUUGAACAGUUUGAACCAGAUGUUUCUAAACACGACGUUGAUGCUCAAAUUGCCUUGAAACCAUUAAUAGAUUUAGCACUAUCGGUUUCGAAGCUCAAAGACUUCACAGGGAGAGAGAAGCCUACAGUCAUCACUUAAUAAUGUACAAAUUCCACAAUCACUCAUAAAAAUCUACUCCAAGUUGAGAGCAUUACUCUUAUGCUAUUACUUGAGCUCAUUUUCAGUUUUGAUUAUUUUACCAUUUUGGAGCAUAGUCCUCCCUAUGUAAAAUAUGAUAUUUAUAUGUACUUUUAAGAAAUAAAAUAUCAGUGUGUAACUAAAUAAAUAAUAGUAUUAAUUAAUAAUAGUUAGCUUCUCUGUUAAAGGAGCUUUUCUUUUCAA